GAAAAGCUUUUUGUUCGACUAGUCGUCAUAUUUUGCUACGUGUAAACUUAAUAACUUUCCUUCUCUUACUUUAUAUAUCGCUCUAAAAUGUAAAGGGACAGAAGUUUCGCACAAAAAGUUUGAAAAAAGACAUUAAAGGUUUUAGAGAAGUGAGAAAAAGUGGUAGCUAUGGAGAAGUAUGAGAUCGUGAAGGAUUUGGGAUUUGGUAAUUUCGGAUUGGCUCGGCUUAUGCGUAAUAAAAAAACAAACGAGCUUCUGGCUGUCAAAUUCAUAGAUAGAGGAUACAAGAUAGACGAGAACGUUGCAAGAGAAAUCGUCAAUCACGGAUCUCUCAAUCAUCCCAACAUUAUUCGGUUUAAAGAGGUUGUAUUAACUCCUACACAUCUUGGAAUUGUAAUGGAGUAUGCAGCGGGAGGAGAACUGUUCGAUCGGAUAUCAAGCGCAGGACGAUUCAGCGAAGCUGAGGCUAGAUAUUUCUUUCAACAACUCAUUUGCGGAGUGUAUUACUCACAUGCAAUGCAAAUAUGCCAUAGAGAUCUGAAAUUAGAAAAUAUUUUGCUUGAUGGAAGUCCAGCACCCCGUCUAAAAAUUUGUGAUUUUGGCUACUCGAAGUCUUCUAUUCUGCAUUCAAACCCUAAAUCAACGGUGGGGACUCCGGCAUAUAUAGCCCCGGAAGUUUUUGGUCGUUCGGAAUACGACGGGAAGUCAGUUGAUGUGUGGUCUUGUGGAGUGGCACUCUAUGUUAUGUUGGUAGGAGCUUACCCUUUCGAAGACCCUAAAGAUCCCCGCAAUUUCCGAAAAACUGUCCAGAAAAUAAUGGCUGUUAAGUACAAAAUUCCAGGAUAUGUUCACAUAUCUGAAGAUUGCAGGAACUUAUUGUCUCGUAUAUUUGUUGCUAAUCCAUCACAUAGAAUUACGCUCAAAGAGAUUAGGAGUCAUGCAUGGUUCCUGAAGAAUUUGCCAAGAGAACUAAAGGAGUCCGCCCAAGCAGUCUAUUACCAAAGGAAUGUUAAUCUUAUUAACCUUUCUCCUCAAAGAGUAGACGACAUUAUGAAGAUAAUUGGUGAGGCAAGGACCCUUCCAGACCUUUCACGCCCACUCGAAUCCCGUGAAGAUGGUGAAAAAGAUGAUGUUGAAGAAGAAGAAGAAUAUUUGGAUGCUAAUGAUGAAGAAUGUGAUGAUGAAUAUCCAUAAACAAAAAUAUUACUAAUGUUGUCUAGUUAUGAGAAGUACUUGUAAUUUUAUUUUUAAA